AUGGCCACUCUCCCGCCACGCCGCCGCGAAGACUUCACUGUCGCAGUCAUUUGCGCCCUUCCACUGGAGUUCAACGCCGCAGAGCUGGCCCUCGAUGUGUUGUGGGACGGCCUCGAGCAUGAUCUCGGCAAGGCUGCAGGUGAUGCAAACACCUACACGCUGGGUCGAAUCGGCAAGCACAAUGCCGUCCUCGUUCUCCUUUCCGGCAUGGGGAAAGUGAGUGCAGCAAGCGCAAGUGCCAGCCUUCGGUCGAGUUUUGGGGGUCUCAGAUUAGCUCUCCUAUGUGGCAUAUGCGGCGGCGUGCCCAAUGCCAACGGCGAUGGGGAGAUGCUGCUCGGAGACGUCAUCAUCAGCAAAAGUGUCGUUCAGUAUGAUCUGGGGCGGCUAUUUCCAGGCCAGUUUGAGCCGAAAGACACCAUACACGACACUCUGGGUAGACCGAUCAAAGAGAUUCGGUCCCUGCUCGUUGCAUUCGAAACUCAUAGGCAAAAGCAGCGGCUGCAAAAGGAGAUCUCCAAAGGUCUGACGGAAAUCCAGAACAAAGCAGUCGAAGAGAGCUACGAUGUCGACUAUCGUAGACCACCACACGAAGACGUGCUCUUCGAGCCAGACUACACCCACAGGCAUCGGAAAGACGUACAGUGCAGCUGUAGUGAAACACAGACCUGUGAGCAGGCGACGAAAGCGACAUGCGAGGAGCUCGGUUGUGACUUUGGGUACCGAGUGUCUCGAAGACGCCUCGAGAAUCAGCGAGCUGGGCAAGAAAAAACCUCUGCGAAGCAUCAGCCUCAUGUGUUUCUUGGCUCGAUUGGAUCAGGAGACACUGUCAUGAAGUCCGGGAAGGACCGCGACCAGAUUGCGAGAGAACACAGCCUCGUCGCCUUUGAAAUGGAGGGCGCUGGAGUUUGGGACGAAAUCCCCUGCAUCAUCGUCAAGGGCGUAUGCGACUAUGCCGACAGUCACAAGAACAAGACUUGGCAGCACUAUGCUGCGGCAAUAGCUGCGGCGGCAGCGAAGGCACUUCUCGAUCGUUAUGUACCGGCAGCCGGCCUAGUUGAGCGGGUUAAGCAAGUCGAGACGAUGGCCUUCUCGCCAAAGUUUUUGGUACCAUAUGUCAAAAACCCCGAGUUUGUUGGCCGAGAAGAGAUCUUCAACCGUAUCGCGCAUCUAUUCGGGGACACGCAGACUGGUCUGGCCACUGCGAAACUACGGUCAAGAGUAGCACUCUAUGGGCUCGGCGGUGUUGGUAAGACGCAAAUCGCGUUGGCCUAUGCCUAUUGGCUACGUGAGACUUCUCCUGAAGUCUCCGUCUUCUGGGUCCACGCCAGCAACCGCCAACGCUUUCGCCAGGCUUUCACAUCGAUCGCUCAAGUAUGUGGCAUCCCGGGCUACGACGGAAAGAAGGCCGAUACACUUCUUCUUGUGAAGCAGUGGCUCGAGAGCGAUAAGAGCGGUCCUUGGUUACUGAUUAUCGAUAACGCAGACGACAAGGACGUUUUCUUUACGGACUCUAGAGAAGACGUCGUCGGCGUAAAUGCCUCGUCGCCCGUAUCUGAAGAGAGGCUAGGCCGCUUUAUCCCAGAGUGUCUCCAUGGAUCCGUUCUUAUAACGACAAGGGAUAUGCAGACAGGUCUCAGGAUGACAGCUGGAGCAGGUCCAAUCGAGGUCAAUAAGAUGGGCGAUGACGAGGCCGUUGAGCUGCUACAGUCCUUGCUCCCGAACCACAACUUUUCUCCCUCGGAGGCAAUCGCGUUAGCAUUUCGACUUGAGUACUUGCCACUGGCUUUGGCACAAGCAGCCUCCUUCAUCCUCAAAAACUUCAUGUCCAUCAACGACUAUGUCCAAAUACUGAACAAGAGCGACACAAGUUUGGUGCGUCAGCUGAGUGAGCCUUUCGCAUCCAUAGGGCGGGACUCGGAGACUCCUCAUGCCCUGACGGCCACUUGGUUGAUUUCUUUUCGCCAAAUCGAACAGCGGCAUCCCUUGGCUGGCAACUUGCUAUCUUUCAUGAGCAUGUUUGAUCGCCAGGCUAUUCCAAAAGACCUUGUCGAAGAGUACUGCCAUGAGCAGCUACGCGAUAAGUCAGACUCUGUCGUCGAGGUGGAUGGCCAUUUUGAAGGGGAUUCCGGCAUUGGCUCCGACUAUAAUUCUGAUUCAGAAACCGCCAGUGCCGGUUCCGAUGCUAGUUCCGAUGCCGGCUCUGAGACGACGUUGGAAGUCGCAAACGCCUUGGGGAUUCUCCAAGCAUUUUCCUUCAUCUCCCAGGCGCGCAAUGACACUUACGACAUGCAUAGACUCGUGCAUCUAGUCACGCGAAAACGUCUUCUGCAGGAGACAACGAUGCUGCACUUCACAAGCGAGGCUCUCAAAAUUAUAGCACGUACUUUUCCGCUUGGUCAAUUUGAGAACCGAGUAGCAUGUCUCACAUAUCUACCCCAUGCCCUCGCCCUUUUGGUACGCUUCAACCCCCAAUCUGACGAGGCAAAGAUCCAAACCGGAAAGCUACUGUACAAUGUGGCCGGAUACUUUGAGUACUUGGGGCAAGAUUUGGAGACAGAGAAGCACCUGAAACGAGCUUUGGAUCUUCGAAGAGCGCGUCGUGCCACAAACGUCAAAAUCAUGUAG